GGACAAAGCUCUUCCUCCAAAGGCCCACCUUAGUGCUCCUGGUACCCAAGAAGUGGCAUGGUUCUUGGCCCAUCUCUCUUUCUAGGGGAGGGCCCAUUGCAGGGAAAAGGGUGGGGCCCCAAGGCAGAUGAAGACUGGCACACAUCUCUCCUCCGUGGAGAAGGCUCGUGGCAGAGUUGCAGGACAGACCGAGUUUUCCACCUCCUUCUGGGUUGCAGGAACUGAUCCCCAGCAAUAUGGCCACCGUGUACAAUGUCCGGGUGACAACAGGGAAUUUCAUCCAUUCGGGGACGCUUGACUCCAUUUCCAUCACUUUGGUGGGCACCAAGGGAGAGAGCCCCAAAACUGCCAUGGACAACUGGGGUGUGGAUUUCCACACUGGAUCGGUGAGUGAUUAUGAAGUCCCCUGUGAACGUGACCUAGGAGAGAUUGUGCUCCUCCGUCUUCACAAAGAACGUGCCAUUGAACUCUUCACCACAAACUGGUAUUGCAGUUUUAUCACCGUGACAUCCCCCAAAGGGGUGGCCUACCAUUUUCCGUGCUACCAGUGGAUGGAAGGGCCCCAGACUUUGGAGCUGCGGGAGGGAACCGCGAAAACCCCUGCCAUGGAUACUUUCCCCAUACUCAAAGACUUCCGAAUUGGUGAGGUUAAGAAGAGGCAGUCUAAUUAUGGGUGGAAGAUAUUUGCCGAGGGUGUCCCCCACUGUUUGGAUGUCUCAUCCAUCGAGGAGCUAGAAAAAGAUGUCAGAUUUUCCUUCUCCAAAGCAGCCCUUUUUGCUAAACGCUCUACAAGCAAGAAGAUAGAGCUCAAGCUGAGAGGGUAUUCUGACAGCCAAGAAUCCUGGGAGGACCUGGAGGACAUCAAGAAGGUUUUCUGGUUCAACAAGUCAGAUAUUUCAGAAUAUGUCACAGAGCACUGGAAAGAAGAUGCAUUAUUUGGGUGUCAGUUCCUCAAUGGGCUGAACCCAAGAAUGAUCCAGAGAUGCACCAAGAUCCCACCAAAUUUCCCUGUGACUAAUGAGAUGGUGGCCAAAUUCCUCGGAGAGGACACCACGCUGGAGAAAGAGCUAAAGAAGGGCAACAUCUUCAUUGCGGACUACAAGCUCCUGGAUGGGGUCCCGGCUGGAGUGAAUAAUGGGCGCCAGCAGUACGUCGCUGCCCCUUUGUGCCUGCUGCACCUCUCCGCUCAGAAGCAUCUCAUGCCAUUGGCCAUUCAGCUCAGCCAGACCCCAGGUUCUCAGUCGCCCAUCUUCUUGCCGAGUGACUCCGAAUGGGAUUGGAUCCUGGCCAAAACCUGGGUGCGCAAUGCUGACUUCCAUGUCCACCAGGCCAUCACGCAUCUGCUCCGGACGCACCUGUUGGCUGAGGUGUUCACCAUGGCCACCAUCCGCCAGCUGCCCACGUGUCAUCCGCUCUACAAGCUCCUGAUUCCUCACACGCGCUACACCCUUCACAUCAACACUGUGGCACGGGACAGUCUCGUUUCUCAAGGGGGUGUCUUUGAUAAGCAUACUGGUGUCGGUUUCAAGGGAUUGGUGGAAGUGUUGCAGAGAGGAACCAAUGCCUUGACCUUGUCUUCGCUCUGCCUUCCGGAAGAUCUGGAGGCUCGUGGGGUCUCCUCGUUGCCCCAUUACUACUACAAGGAAGAUGGCCUGAAGCUCUGGGCAGCCGUGGAGAGCUUUGUCUCUGGCAUCAUCGACUGCUAUUAUCAAAGUGACAGCUCUGUGAAGGAAGAUUGGGAGCUGCAGAAAUGGAUGGAGGAGGUCUUUGAGAGAGGCUUUAUGUCUCAGAAAUCUUCCGGAAUCUCUUCUUCACUCUCAUCUGUUCAAGAGCUGAAAAAGUUCCUGACUAUGGUGCUUUAUACCUGUUCAGCCCAGCAUUCAGCAGUCAACAGUGGGCAGUUUGAUUUAGGCGCCUGGAUGCCCAAUUUCCCAUCCUCAAUGAGAAAACCCCCUCCAACCACCAAAGGCACAGCAAACUUGGAGAACUACAAAGAGACCAUCCCAGAGAUCAAUACCACCUGCACCAUUCUGAGUGUCCUGUGGCUACUCAGCGCCCCUCCGGGAGACAUGAUCCUGCUGGGCAAUUACCCUAAUAAGCAUUUCACAGAAGAAGCGCCCCAAAAGCUCAUUAUUGCCUUCCAAGAAGAACUGAAACGGAUUUCCAAGGAAAUUGAGAAGAGGAACGAGUCCUUGGCCAAGACGGGGGUCCCUCUCGCCUACAAGUAUCUGUACCCCCCAGAGAUCGAAAACAGCGUCUCCAUCUAACCCAGAGGGGAAAAUCUACUCCAAUAGCUGCUUAUCCAAUCACUCAGUUUCUGUA